AUGCGAAAGCAGUUUUCGAGACUUUUUGCUACCGCGUGGUUGCUGGGUUCGGUUUUUACAACUUGCGAUGCUGCGACGUCGAAUACGGAUCCGAGUUUGAUAUGGACGAAUCCAGAUGGCAGAUUGCUUGAUUUCGAUACGAAACUUGUGUAUCGAGUGGGUGAUUUAAUUAGACUCUCGUGGAAUGCCUGGCCGUACGAAAAUGUCAUCAAUUCGACGCAAGACAAUGUCGAUUUGUGGCUUACCGCAGAUCAAACGACUUUCACAUUGAGACUUACAAACAAUAUCGAUCUCUUAAAUCCCGGUAGCUUCGACUGGACAAUUGACGUCCCAGCCGUCGACAUCGACGGCGGAACCGGCUUCUUCCUACGCUUCAUGGUACGACAAGAUGGCACAAGUCCCCCCUACGACCGCGACGCAGAAGCCAGUAAUUCCAUCCGCACCCCCGGCUUUCACAUCAACGAGAAAAACGCUCUCAUCACAUCUACGCAAAUCAGAACCGCGACCUUCUCAAGCACUGUAUCCAGAACCGCAACGGCUAGUCUAUCAACAAGUACCAGAGCCUCCUCGAGCAGUAGUUCCGCAGCCGCUACAACCGCGGGACCACCAGCCGUCGCGGGCACCUCAAAAGUUGGUAUAGGAAUGUCACGUCCUUCCGGUCUCUCAGAAGGCGCGAAAGCUGGAAUCGGCGCGGGUGUAGGAAUUGGAGUCUCAGCUCUUUUUGCUAUCGCCGCGCUCUUGUGGUUUAUAAAUCGCAGGCGGAAAGCGGUUGAGGCUGCCAGCGACUCGAAAUAUGAGUCUGUGCCUAACCUCACUGGUGGCCCGGUUCCGGUUACAUCGCAGCCGGGUCAUGAAAAGACUGUGGCGGGUGGUGCUGGAGGGGUGUAUAGGCCUGUGAGUGAAGUGGAUGGCGAUGCGCAUGGAGCGGUGGAGGUUGAUGGGGUGGUUGAUCUUGGGAAGGUUCCGGGGCAUGGGGCUGUUGAGCUGGCGUAG